GGGAUUUGUUUUUAAAAAGAGUUUUAAGAAUGCGCGCGCGUUUAUUGAGCCGGAGUUGUGCACGGAGAAAGAGAAAAUGACCUGAUCGGCAUCUAAAAGUUGGAUUUUUUGGGGGUGGGCUAGGAUAGGGUAGGGAAGCGGGCGGUUGAAGAUUGUGAGUGAUCAGGGCGCGGCUGGUUCGAGCGGCUCUGACGGUUGAGGGAGGAGGGUGAUCGAGGGAACCGUCGGAUACACAGGCACCCGGGCUGGGGUGGGAGAGAGAAGGAGAGCAUAGUGUCGGGGGUUCCUCUGCGAUCGGCCAGACGCCGGGAGUGAGUGUGGGGAGGCUGAAAAAAAUAACUAAUUGCAUCCACGUUGAAUGGACUAUCAGGACAUUUAACACUUGGCGGCGUCCAGGUAAGAAAUUAUCUUAGAAAAUGCCACUGUAUGGUAAAAUUGUAGUAAUCAAGCGUACAGGAGCAGAUGGAUACAAUUUUCCUUUGACAUCAUCUUCGUGCUUAUUUGGAAGGAAAACUGACUGUGAUAUCCGUAUCCAACUGCCUCAUGUUUCAAAAGAGCACUGUAAGCUUGAAGUAAAUGAAAAUAAUGAGGUAAUUUUAACUAAUUUGAGUGAAGUUAAUCGAACUCAUUUAAAUGGCAAUGUUGUGCUUCACUCUGAACGUCUAAAGCAUCGUGAUGUGUUCACAGUUAUUGAUCGUUCUUUCAGGUUUGAGUACCCAUUGGAUUCAGUGCACAACACUAGCCCAAGAAAAAGACGGAGUUUGUCAAGUCUGAGGAAUGAAACUUUACAAGUCCUUCAUGUUCAACAGGAAGUGGAUGAUUGUUCACAACCUUCAGGUGAUGAUCUUCGGUCUACAAGUGGUCACAAAUCUGCUGAAGUUAAUGCAGAUAAAAUCUUUGAAGCACCAUCUAAAUUCACAAAGGCUAUGCCAAAUGAAAAGGGUGAUUCAGCUCCAAAAUCUGCACAGACAAGAAGCUCCUCAAAGAUUCGUAAAGAUGAGCAACUUGCUGAUGAAGAACAUGUAUCUCCUUUUUCCAAACUUUAUGAAAUGUUCAAGCAGGAGGUCACAAAACCGAAUCAGGUUAAACCAAACAAAGUUAAUACGCAUGAACAUGUUAAAGAAAGCAGCCCUGACUUGACAGAACAAACUAGUGUUCUAGAAAAGAAAUCUGAUGCCAUGGUUUCUCAGUUUGGCAAGAAUUCCCAAACAUUGCCAAGCACAAUACGACUGCCUGGGAGGAAAAGCAAGGUUAAACUAGAAGAGGAAAAGAUGGAAAAGGACAAUCCAUAUGAAAAAAUUAACAGCUUGGAGCCUCUGUCAGUGGACGGUGUUGCAUCUGGAAUUCUUGCAAAACCAACUGCUGACAUUAGCAGUCCAAAGCAAAAUAAUACUUCUGCAAAAUUAAACAAGUUUACAAAUAAUCCCGCUACAGGUGCAAAUGCUACAUCACUUGCAUCUUUUGAAGUAGGUGUUAAUGGGAAAGAUCAAAAUCACUUGUCCCCUAAAUGUACACCAAAAGCAAAGCAAAAAAGUCAACAUUUCACAACUCGCAAGUCGUUAAAUGUUAAUGAAGCUAUAAAUAAAAUUCAUGAAGAUCUUCGGUUUUCAAUGGAAAAGGGAACAGGUAUAAAUGUGAAAACUGUGGAAAUGGAGAAAAUACCUGCUCAAGGAGGCAAGGAGAGGGCUGUAACCCCCAAGAAACGUGGGAGAUCAUCAUUGCGUAACCAAACUCUGCAACCUACAGAGAUUCCAGCAGAUCAAGUUGAAUCCAUAAAUGUUUCUGAGCCCUCAGUCGCAAAGCCUGAAGAUAUUUCAGUAGAUAUGAAAGAAGCAUCUGCUCAUGGAAAGAAUGAAAGGGCUGAAACCCCCAAGAAGCGUGGGAGAUCAUCAUUAUGUAAACAAACUGUACAGCCUACAGAGAUUCAGGCAGAUCAAGUUGAAUCCAUAAAUGUCGCUGAGCCCUCUGUUGCACCAAUGAUAGAAAUGAAAGAAGCACCUGCUCAAGGAGGCAAGGAGAGGGCUGUAACCCCCAAGAAACAUGGGAGAUCGUCAUUGUGUAACCAAACUCUGCAACCUACAGAGAUUCCAGCAGAUCAAGUUGAAUCCGUAAAUGCCUCUGAGCUCUCUGUUGCACCAGUGAUAGAUAUGAAAGAAGCACCUACUCAAGGAGGCAAGGAAAGGGCCGCAACCCCCAAGAAGCGUGGGAGAUCGUCAUUGCGUAACCAAACUCUGCAACCUACAGAGAUUCCAGCAGAUCAAGUUGAAUCCGUAAAUGCCUCUGAGCUCUCUGUUGCACCAGUGAUAGAAAUGAAAGAAGCAUCUACUCAAGGAGGCAAGGAAAGGGCCGCAACCCCCAAGAAGCGUGGGAGAUCGUCAUUGCGUAACCAAACUCUGCAACCUACAGAGAUUCCAGCAGAUCAAGUUGAAUCCGUAAAUGUCUCUGAGCUCUCUGUUGCACCAGUGAUAGAUAUGAAAGAAGCAUCUACUCAAGGAGGCAAGGAAAGGGCCGCAACCCCCAAGAAGCGUGGGAGAUCGUCAUUGCGUAACCAAACUCUGCAACCUACAGAGAUUCCAGCAGAUCAAGUUGAAUCCGUAAAUGUUUCUGAGCUCUCUGUUGCACCAGUGAUAGAUAUGAAAGAAGCAUCUACUCAAGGAGGCAAGGAAAGGGCCGCAACCCCCAAGAAGCGUGGGAGAUCGUCAUUGCGUAACCAAACUCUGCAACCUACAGAGAUUCCAGCAGAUCAAGUUGAAUCCGUAAAUGUCUCUGAGCUCUCUGUUGCACCAGUGAUAGAUAUGAAAGAAGCAUCUACUCAAGGAGGCAAGGAAAGGGCCGCAACCCCCAAGAAGCGUGGGAGAUCGUCAUUGCGUAACCAAACUCUGCAACCUACAGAGAUUCCAGCAGAUCAAGUUGAAUCCGUAAAUGUUUCUGAGCCCUCAGUCACAAAGUCAGAAGGUAUUUCAGUACAUAUGAAAGAAGCAUCUGCUCAUGGAAAGAAUGAAGGGGCUGAAAACCCCAAGAAGCAUGGGAGAUCAUCAUUGCGUAACAAAACUGUGCAGCCUACAGAGACCCAGGCAGAUCAAGUUGAACCCCUAAAUGUCUCUGAGCCUUUAGUUGCAAAGUCACCUGCUUCCAUUAAACUGAAAAGCUGCACAACUCCCUCUUCACUCUGUAUGCUCAGCAAUAGAAGCAAAAGUAAUUGCCCAACUGAAGCAGAAUGCUUGGAGAGGAAGAAUUGUGAAUCUAAUAGUCCACACAGUGUCUUAACCAGUGAGCAAACUGAGAAGGUGGUUAGGGAGGGUCUUACAAGUCCUUUGAAUACCUCUACUGAACGUUUGGGACAAUUUUCAGCUGUAGACAUUGGACUCGAUCUGUACACGAGCAGCAAAGAAUCCUCUUCAUCACCAGGUGCUAUAUUUCAUUCAUCUAAAAAACGUAGAAGUGAAAAUGAAAAAAACUUUUAUGCACCGAUUUUUAAACGAAAGAGAGUUUCUUUUGGUGCAAACCUAAGUCCGGAGUUAUUUGACAAACGCAUGCCACCAAGUUCUCCCCUCCGAAAAGGAGGAACUCCAUCCAGAGUGAGCACACCCUUUCGAUGUACUCCACGCACAGUCUUGAAACGUGCAUCCAGCAUAGGAAUACACACUUGUACAAUUCAGGAAUUCAACGAGCAAAAUGAAAAUUGCCGAAUAAGUCCCAGGACGUCACACAUUCCAUCAGAAGAUUCUUCCAGGCAAACCAAGAAACCGUCUGCCAAAAUUUCCUCACCAGGCAAAGUGUCUUUGUUAACACCUGCCAAAAAGUCACCUGUGAAGAGGUCACCCUUAGUCAAGGCACCAACAUCAAGCAAGAAAGCCCCCUUGUCAACAAUAAAACCCUCUUUGUCUUCUAUCAAGAAGUCACCCGCUGCAAGAACUCCAUCACAAAGCAAAUCUCCCUCAUUCAUUACCAAGAAGUCAUCUGACGUUAAGGCAUUGCUAACCCCGUCACCUGGACAAUUGGUAUCCAAUGAAUUGCCGAGUCUACUUGAUGAAAGAUCAUUUGAUUGUUCUCCACGUAUGUGUGGACGUUUCUCUGUCUCACAUGUUGCUAACCCCUUGUUGAGCCAAUCAAAGUCUCAUUGCUUUACUCCAACUUCACGUGAUGUAGCUCUGUUUGAGAAACCUCAGGAGAAAGCAGCCCCAGUGGCAAGUGCUGGGAAAAAUCCUUCCAGAAAGAGCACUAGACGAAGUGGUUCAUUACUUGCAGCCGCACACACCAGAAGACGGACUGGAGCUUCAGCUGCCAACCUACUGAUGAAAAAGUCGUGGGCCCAGAUUGUGAAAGAAGGAGUGGCAAAACCUCAGUUGCAGUGUGCAAGAAAGAAAUCUGCUGCGGUGCAAAAACGGACCAAGAAUACUGUCCCCUUGAAAGAGACUCCUGUUCGUUCAGUGAAAGGCCACUUCAGUACAGGUCAUGCUGCAUCUCCAGCAACAAUAGUUAUUGGAAAAUCACAGGCUACUACUUUUAAGCCAACUGGACAUGUUCCGUGGGCAAUAAGAACUGUUUCACUGAGAUGUAAAGACUACAAAAUGGAUGAGAGUUUUUCAGGUAUGGCUGAAAUGUUCAGUACUCCCACAAAUGUGAACACACAGCCAGUACUGUCUACCUCAGAUAUUGACAAUAAUUCUGACACUGCUUUGGCCAACCCAAUAACACACAAGUCAUUUGAAGACUCUAUUAUCAAAACACCUGAAGAAACUGGUGUAAUGGUUGUCUCACCAUUAACUACUCCUGGUCCAAGUAGUGGAAAAUACAACAAUUCAGUUUCACGCUUACUGAGAUGCAGAGUUGAUUUUUCUUCUGGUUUAAAUGAUCUUUGCAAAAAUAUACCAAAAAUAAAAGGCAAGCCUGUGGAAGAUAUGGUUGGUGUAAAAAGAAUCAUGAAAACUCCUGAAACCAGAAGCCAGCCUGUGGAAGAUAUGCUUGAUGUAAAAAGGAUCCUGAGGACUCCCAGAGUCAAAGGCAAGCCAGUGAAGGAUAUGGUUGGAAUAAAAAGAAUCAUGAAAUCUCCCAAAGUCAAAAGCAAGCCUGUGGAGGAUAUGGUUGGCAUAAAAAGAAUCAUGAAAUCUCCCAAAGUCAAAAGCAAGCCUGUGGAAGAUAUGGCUGGUAUUAAAAGGAUCAUGAGGACUCCCAGAGUCAAAGGCAAGCCAGUGGAGGAUAUGGUUGGAAUAAAAAGAAUCAUGAAAUCUCCCAAAGUCAAAAGCAAGCCGGUGGAAGAUAUGGCUGGUAUUAAAAGGAUCAUGAGGACUCCCAGAGUCAAAGGCAAGCCAGUGGAGGAUAUGGUUGGAAUAAAAAGAAUCAUGAAAUCUCCCAAAGUCAAAAGCAAGCCGGUGGAAGAUAUGGUUGGUAUUAAAAGGAUCAUGAGGACUCCCAGAGUCAAAGGCAAGCCAGUGGAAAAUUUUGCUGGGUUAUGUCAGCUCAUGACUGAAACUAGACAAAAAGCAGAAUCUCCUGAAUUUAAUUAUGUUGGAAUAAAGAAUUUAUUUCAUACUGUGAAGGAGAUGGAAAACUGUGACUAUACUGGUCUGGAUGAAAUGUUUUCAACUGCUAUAACAACUGAAAACAGUCCAGAUUCCAAGUUGCAACCAAGUUUAAGGACAAGUGCAAACAAAGAGGCAACAAAUAAACUGCCUGCACCACUUGAGAAUAUGAUCAUUGAUAAACAGCUAAUAGAAACAACAGAAAAUAAAUUGAGCCAGAUUGUAGAACAGCACAAUGAAUUACAAUCAACAACAAAAAAUUCUCACAGACAAAUGAGUGGUAAUUCAAGUCUGACAUCAGAUGAUAAGGUGUCGAGAAGGGGACAAUUUCAGGCUAAAAGUGUGACCUCUUUGUCUUCCAAAGAACAGCAAAUGCAACAACCUGAGCAGUUUGAAACUUUUCAAAUGUUUCCUGAAGGUAAAAAUGUUGGCUAUUCGGAGAGGCAAACAGCUGAAUCCAAAGAUGAACAAGUUACACUGAAUAAACUAAUUUCACCAUCAAGGACAUCGUUACGAGGAAAAAAGAAAACGCAAGAAAUUGGUGCAGAAGAAUGUAUAACGACAAUGAAUACCACACCAAAUAAGAGUGGAUAUCUAGUUGAAUACACAGGGGAAGUAAACAAAAUGGUUUCAACAAGGAAAUCUUUGGGAAAGAAGAAAUCUAAUGAUGUUGAUGUAGAGAUGUCACUUGGAUUGAACGAAACCAGACCAGUUGAGAAUGAUUCUCACUGUGAGCAAAUUGAAGGAGUAACUGUGGUAAAGCCACAGAGGAGAUCAUUGAAAGAAACGAAUGAAAUUCAACAGGUUGAGCCAGAAGAGUUGUCUGCCUCAACGAAAGGGAAGAAAUUGAAUAAUCUUCAAAUAACUGAUGUGAAAAUGUCAUUUAGACCAAACAAAACCAUGCCAGGUGAAAAAGAGUCUUCCCAGGAGCAAAUAGAGGAAAUAACUGUGUUGAAGCCACAAACAAGGAGAUUAUUGAAAGAGAUGAAAGAAAUUCCACAGAUUGAGCCGAAGGAAUUGUCUGCCUCAACAAAAAGAAAGAAAAUCCUCAACAUUCAAGAUGCUGAUGUGAAAAUGUCACUUAGAUCAAGUAAAACUACUGUAGGCACAAGAGAAGCUCGCCAUGAUCAAAUUGAGGAAGUAACUGUGUUGAAACAAGAGGUGAGCUCGUUGAAUGAGAAGGAUGAAAUUCAAAAUUUUUCCAAUGUUCAAUUGAAGGAAUUGCCUAGCUCAAUAGUAAAAAAUACCACACCAAUUAAAAAUGAUUCUCCACGUAAAACUGGCAAAUUGAACAAGCUGUUUACACCGUCAACUACAUCACUGAGAGGGAAGAAGACUGUUCAAAAUACCAACAGCACCGAAAACAAGACUGCAGCCCAAAAUGUUCAAGACAGUGAAUUAACAGAUCCAUCUACUUCAGUAAAGACCUGCAGAAAAGAUAAGCGUCAAAUUCCACAGCGACAAGUUAGAGAGAUGAUGCACAAAAAUUCAGGGAAGAGACUUCAAAGAAGAAAGAUGGAAACGGAAAAUAUCCAAAUUACUGAACUGAAAAAGUCACCGGCAGCAAAGUCUUUGAAGGGUGAGAUGAAAACUCAAUACAUACAAAAUGAGAAAUUAGACAGUUCACCAUUGAGCCUAAUGAUGCAAGAAACAAGUAACAUCCAAAAUGUUGAAUUAGCGAUAACGACAAAUGGACGUGCAUCAUCAAAAACUUUUGUAAAAGACAAGGAGGUUAAAAUUCUUCCAGUUGAAAAUCAGAAAGUGCUUAUUACAAAAGGAAGAUCACAGAGAAGAAAGAAUAUUAAUGUGAAAGAAACUGAGGGACAACAACAACUUGGAACAGCAGAUGGGUACACAAGGAAGAGAGGAACUCGCUGUGCACGUGUUGAAAUCUUAAAGGACUCAAAUGGCUUGCAGGGUAAUUUAAGAAAUGAAGCAGUUGAUAACGGUAAAAGAGUUAACUUAGAAAAUGUAAAAUUAGUUGAAAAAAACCUGACUUGCUCCAGAUCCACACGAAGAAAGCGAGGACCCCAGGAUUUGCUUUUGGAAGAUGUUGGACAGAAUUCUGUUCCAGCAAAGAAACUGCGAAAAGAAGAACUUGAUGCAGCACUAUUAAGGAAAUGCGUACACUGGGAUUCUAAAAUUGCAUCUCCCAAGUUAGGUGGUACUGUAGAGAUAUUGCAGGAUACAAUUAGCAAAAUAGAUCUUCCUGUACUUGAGAGAAGGUCACGAAGAGGAAAAGCUGCAAAAGAAGAAGUGAAUCCACAAGCUUCAUUGGGGCCAAUAAAAAUACCAGGAAAAGCAGUACCUGAGCAUGCGAGCAACAAAGUAAUUGCUGAUGUAUGUGUAUUUCCUGAAUCACCUGAACAGAAAGGAAGAGCAAAAAGGAACAAAAUUGGUGUUUUGUGUGAAUCAAAGUCAUUCAGUAAAGAUAAAUAUGAAAAUGUUCAUGAUGAAAUGCCUGUAAUGAAAAAGACUAAUCAGCAAACUGAAUCUGUCUUAAAGCCAACACCUACAUCAACAAGACGACCACUAAGAGGGAAAGCUAGACAGGAAGUAUGUCAAAUUGAGGAAGAAAACGUAAAAGAAUUGUCACCUAGGAAAUCAAAAAGAAACACAGCAAUGCAGAAAAUAAUGACAUCUAAUGAUGAAGUGCCAUAUGUUCAAGUCAGUGGACUCUCAGGGAAAAAAGAAAAACGCAAAAUGACUACGGCUCUAUCUAAAACAAAGGUGAAAGACGUACAGGUAAAGGACUCGGUGGUUGAAUGUGAAGCUAUACCAAAGCACAUCCAGCAACAGCAGCCAAAUACGGCUACAGACAAUUUUCAAUUGGAUACUGCAGGCAAACAGGUAUUAUUGCAAGAAAAUGAACCAAUUGCUCCAAGUUUCAAAGGUAAACGUCAACGAGCAAAGAUUUCACUUAAAGAAAAUGUUGCUUGCCUGGCAAAUGUUGAUAUUGCUGUUGGAGAAGCUGUGCAAGGGAACAGAGCAUAUUUGAAUGCCCCUGUCAUUGGUAAUGAACUGGUUGAUGAUUCCAAUAUCCCAGGUAUCAUUGAAGCUCCUAAACAAACUGCAAAUAAAGGUGAAAUUAUUAAUAAAGCAGCAAAAGCUUUCAAAGCAAUGACCACUGCUAAGAAAACUGAUACAGUAUUGUCAUAUGAAUGUGACAUCAAAGGAAAUACUCGACCCAAGAGAAGUGUUAGAAAGGGGAGAUUUUCAAAAGAGAUUGAAGCAAAAAUUGAAGUGGAAAAUGCUGGUCUUGAAACUGCAGAACAACUGAAUUUGUCGAAGAAAGAUUCAAAAGAAUCAACUCAAACUGAGGAGGGUGUUCAGAAAAAAAAAACUUCGGACAAAAAGCUAUUUGAACCAGCUAUUAAUGUAAUCAGCAAGAUGAAAACUGUUAAGAAAGAUGUUCCAUCUGUUUUGCAAGCAUUGUCACAUGAAGGGCCACACAUUGAAGAUCCUGUCAAGGUUCUCAGGAAGCGUGGUCAUGAAAUGGUUAAAAGAAGCACUUCAGCUGUCAUCGGUCAGGAAUUGAACACAGAUGCAACUGGAAAGAGACAAGUUAUAGUAAAUUCAGCUACCACAGCUGAAAAAACCAAGAGAACCAGAAGAGACAAUGAAACUGUUCAUACAAUUGUUCAAGUAGAGAAAAAUGAAUUAAUUGAUAAAAGGAAGAGGAGACCUAACUUUGAAGUGCAAACAAAUGGUGCUAAGGAUAUACAGUCCAAGAAAGGUGAGCUAGAAGAUAAAGACAAAGAGCAAGACCCCAGCUUCCUGUUGGUGGAACCUGCAAAACCAGCUCGGAGGGUUACAAGGGCAAACAAAUCUUCUCAGCCUGCAGGAACAGAACCAAUUUCAGAUCACUCACCUACUGGUGCUUCACUUCAGCCGGCAUCUUUAAGUUCAUCAAAAAGAACCGUGAGAGGAAAGCGUGCUAUUGCAGAAACUACCAAUUUAUCUCCUAAAAAAUCAAAAAUUGAAACCGUGACUGGAAAGGUGAGAACCCAAGGCAGAAAAAUACAGAAAGGAGAUGCGAGUACAAAAACCGAACUUGCUGCCAUAUCACAACCAACUAAGCCAACAGGGCGUUCUACUAGAUCUCGAAAAUAGAAAACCGUGGAUCCAGUCGUCUUUUUGUCAUGUGCCUGCAUGUAGAUUUCAGAAAUUGCUUUUUAAUGGCAUUUUGAUUUUCCUGCCUAUUUUAAUUUACUUUUGGUAAGUUUGAGCUUAUAGUUUACCGCAUAAAAUGUUUAAGUUACUUCUAGUGCUUGGUGGGAAAAGAAUAUAUUAAUGCUACAUUGGAAUUUUAGAAGAAGAGCCAAUAUUUUUGUGAUUUUUUUUAUAAGUCUGUAGCUUGUGGGAGUAAAUACAAAGCAAUUAUCAGUUGGAAGGAAGUGCCUAUUGUGACGAUGUAAACUCACAACUAUGGAAGAUUUUAUUUUCUUUUAUGUAUCUGCAUCAAGGAUUAGAAUUGUAUAUGGGCAUAAAUUGUAUUUUAUACACAAAAUUCUUGCAAGAAAUUUAAUUUUACAAUAAAUUUUGUAUCUCUGGUA